AGGAACCGGCAGCAUGCAGCGGCAAUUUGCGCCGCAGUAACCCAGCGCAAAUCCCUGCUUAGAUCAGGCACAGCCCGCAUUCACCCCUCGUGACGCCUGGCGCCGCUGAGCGACUCUCUUGCCCCGAUUCUUUACGAGUUUGUAGCUUGCAGCCCCAACCACUGAAGUGCAUCAAUUAGCAAUCACUCGCUUACGGAAAAGACUGCGCACGCAUGCCGCUGCUACUUCUCAAGCUCCCGGCCGACGUGCACACAAAACUAGCGGCAUUCAUUCACGCCAAUGAUGCCGCGCGCUUCUGCUUCGCCGGGAAGGAGGCUUAUAAGGCCUUCGGGCUCCAGGCCUGGCGCGCCUGUUUGUUCUCGACGCACGGCGGGUUAAGAAUAGGAAAUGAACAAAACGGGUUGCACGCGGCGAGGCGCCUGGCCACGUGCGGCCGCGGCUGCCUCGGGUUCAGGGCUCUGGCCACGGACGGCGGGACCUUCGACGGGGGCGACAGCCGCUUCUGGGUCGACGCGUUAUUUCGGCCGGAGCCCUGGCGCAUCUACUGCUCGCGCCAGACGUCUGAUCCAAUUCUGUGCGCGGCGACGUUCCUCCCGGAGCGCGAGGCGGAAGACGUCGAUUCCAGGGACCGCCACUGGAUGUGCGAACUCAUCAUCGAGACGUGGAGCCUCGAACAAUUGCAGGUCGAGCCCUUCUCGUCGAAGGACUACGCGCUCGGUUCUGUCUUCCUGCGGGUCUGCCACGGGCUGCGGGACGAGGACGUCGUUUCCUUGAACCUGCAGAACGGCCAGGAGGCAAUUACCAAAUACAGAGCCAAGAUCCUGGAAAUCGUGCAAAGGUUCAACACCACCGGCGCGCCGGCGAUGCGCAUCGGCCUCGACAAGACGGUGUUUGCCCAGCGCGGCUCGGUUUCGGUUGAUCCUAGAAUAGAGGCGCUCGCGUCGAACGCGACGGCCGUCGCGACGACGCUGAUAGUCAGGCGGCCGAUCCCCGUGACGUGUCCCGGGCGUUUAGGGAUCGUGUUUGGGUGUCGAAGAGCGCCUCGCGUCGGAGACCUCGACGGCCGCCUCAGGCGGGUCUGCGCGGACGCUACGCCAUACAUACGCGCGCUGGUCGACGGGCCAUCGUCGCACAUACUAUCUAGAGGUCCGCGCGUGGAGCUGGGGCGGCGGUUGGGAGGUGUCCGACCCGUUUUACUCGCGGCGAGCUGCUCGCCGGAGCAGGGCGUCUGCUACCAGCUGCUCGGUUCAAACGACGACGCGGACGUCUUCCCGCUCGCUAUUUUUGGCUUCGGCGGGCGGAAUCUCGACGAUGCCUUCACGAGCCUCAGAGCGCGUUUUGAGAAACCGGUGACGCUGAAGGGCGUCGUCGUCGCGCUUCUGGAGGCGGAGCGGCGGCACGACGUGGUUGAUCCAAACGUGGACAUGGAGUUCGUCGGCUUGGAGGGGUACAUGUACGAGGCGCCGCCGGAGACUUAAUUUUUCGGUAAUAUU